GUCUUAUCCUUAUUCAAGAUUUUUGAUUCUUACUUCUCCCAUUUUCUCCUCUUUCUCCUCCCGAUCUGGUUCAUUCUCCAAUAAACGGAGGUCAAAUAUUAAAUCCCUUGCCAUGUAAGCAUGACAUGGCAAUAUUUUGCCAUCCAAGCAGCCAAGCAGGGUGUGUCCUCAACGGGGCUUAACUUAUGGUUUUGCCAAAAGAAGGUGUCUCGAACCUUCCUCUCCUGGACCUCAUUUUCGGCUUUCUCUCUCUCUCAUCUCUCGAAUAUCCCUUCCUUCCCCGAGAAGCUGGCAGCCACAAUCGCCAGCCUUCACCAGCGAUCAUCCCCCUGCUGCGCCCCCUGCACUGCUGCUGCACCCCCUAUACUGCUGCACCCUCUGUUAUAAAAAAAAAAAAAAAAAAAAAAAAAAAAAAAGAGAACCCAACCCUGCUUUGCGCCAAGAUCCCGUACCCUUUGCACCCCCAAUCCUGCGCCUCUGCACUCCUGCUUGCUACAGCCCUGUCCUUGCCUCACCUACAGAAGAACAGCGCAUACCAGACAAAUCGGUAUCUUCUUCGUCCUUUGCUUUUGCUGCGGAGAUCAGUGCUUGUCGGUGGAAGUUAUUUUAUUUUAUUUUAUUUUUAUUUUAUUAUAUUAUUUGGGUAUAUAUGUAGAGAGUAAAAUUAGAUUAAGGAGAGGUUUUUCUUUUGUUGAUUUUGGGUCUGGUUUUGGGAGUCUCCGUUUGGGUUUUCGAGAGCAGUAGAGAGAGAUUUCGUGGAGAAGAAAGUGGGGUUCAACGACGCUGAAAGGGAAGAAACGUGAGCUUCGGAGAAUGUAUUUCUUCUGGGUUUAUCUUUGUUAGGUAAACUUUCUAAUCAGAGGAAGUUUUGGGAAGAGUAGUGAAGGAAACGGUUGGAGCUUGAUCCCGUGGGUGGGGUUCCUCCCUCCGAUCCUGAUCUAUUUUCUCCCAAGACUUUCGCCAUGGUUGUUUUAGUUUCGUUAUGUUUGAUGUGCCAAAUGUGUAUUUGAGGAUGACAUUGUGAAUGAAAUCAAGCAUUUUCUUUUUA